GGUUGCCAGGGCGACAGGAACACAAUAUGGCGGCCGGAUCCUAACGCCCGCCAGCCAGGGACCACCGCGAAGGUCCUCGAGCCGGAAGCCGCCUCAGGAAGGCAGAAGGCCGGUACCAGUCUCCGCGUGUGCUCUCGGCCCGGGCCGGCCGGGGCCGUCGCCGCCAUCCGCGUUAGGAUGAAGAACUACAAAGCAAUUGGCAAGAUAGGAGAGGGAACGUUUUCUGAAGUUAUGAAGAUGCAGAGCCUGAGAGAUGGAAACUACUAUGCAUGUAAACAAAUGAAACAGCACUUUGAAAGUAUUGAGCAAGUGAACAAUCUGCGAGAAAUCCAAGCACUGAGACGCCUGAAUCCUCACCCAAACAUUCUUACGUUGCAUGAAGUGGUUUUCGACAGAAAAUCUGGUUCUCUUGCACUAAUGUGUGAACUUAUGGACAUGAAUAUUUAUGAGCUAAUACGAGGGAGAAGACAUCCAUUAUCAGAGAAAAAGAUCAUGCAUUACAUGUACCAGUUAUGCAAGUCACUCGACCACAUGCACAGAAACGGGAUAUUUCACAGAGAUGUAAAACCAGAAAAUAUACUAGUAAAGCAGGAUGUCCUGAAACUAGGGGACUUUGGCUCGUGUCGGAGUGUCUACUCCAAGCAGCCCUACACAGAGUACAUCUCCACCCGGUGGUACCGGGCCCCAGAGUGUCUUCUCACCGAUGGCUUCUACACGUACAAGAUGGACCUGUGGAGUGCUGGCUGUGUGUUCUACGAGAUUGCCAGCCUGCAGCCCCUCUUCCCUGGUGUGAAUGAACUGGACCAGAUCUCAAAAAUCCAUGACGUCAUUGGCACACCUUGUCAGAAGACCCUCACCAAGUUCAAACAGUCGAGAGCUAUGAGUUUUGAUUUUCCUUUUAAAAAGGGAUCAGGAAUACCUCUACUGACAACCAAUCUGUCCCCGCAAUGUCUCUCCCUCCUGCAUGCAAUGGUGGCCUAUGACCCUGAUGAACGAAUCGCAGCUCACCAAGCCCUUCAGCACCCUUAUUUCCAGGUGCAGAGGGCAGCGGAGACACAGACCCUGGCCAGCCACAGAAGAUCUUUCUUCCCCAAGUACCCCACGGUGCCAGAGUCACCCAGGCACAACUGGCCAUUCUCAAAGGAGGGCAGAAAACAGCAGCCCCUGAGACAAGAGGAAAGCCAUACCAGGAGACAAGGGCCGGCCAGCUUGAUGGAGCUGCCCAAACUCAGACUGUCCGGAGUGACCAGACUGUCGUCAUGUUCGAGCCCGACGCUGCGGUCAGUGUUGGGCACUGGAGCAAACGGAAGAGCCCCUGUGUUGAGGCCCUUGAAGUGUACUGGUGUGAACAAGAAGGUAGUCUCUGGCUUCUCUGUGGGCUGCUCUAGGGCCUGACCUCCGCCUCCACUCAGGGUCUCUGGUUCUUCUCCACCAGACAGACACGCAGAAGGACAUCAAACCUCACCUGAGACAGUGUCACCUGCCCACGAUCAACAGGAAAGGGGGCGAAUACUGAACAGCACACCAUCUGGUCACCCUCUUGGAGAGCAAGGGCAGGCGCCACGGGCAGGCUUAGGCCUCUGCAGCUGAGUGUGGGUAGGCCAGAGGGAUGCCAUGUGCUGGUGGCCUCGCCAUGCUUGGUGGCCCAGGACAUGCUGCCUCACUGGAGCCUCGUGUGUUUGCAACCCCAAAGCAGCUGUACUGAAUGUUCCAGUUUAAUAUAUUUGUAAAACCACCUCA